AGUUACAUGUAUGUCCUUUUAUGCAAGAGAGAAAGUGUGUUCAACUUCAGAAGAAGAACAAAUCUUUUAAUUGGUGUGAGUUUUAUGUUUUAGCUCUGAUGAAAGUAGCAGAUCAGAUGGCAAAGGGGCCCAGAGCACAGGCCAUGUUUAAUUGCCUACUGAAAUAUGGGGACUUAGGAAUACCUAUUCAUCCUUCUUGGGAAACUCGAGAAACUCAAGAUCCAUCAAAUGGUGGAUUUCAUGCUGGUGCCACAGCUUCACCUGUCUACCAACAAGCUGGAGACCUGGAAGAGGUAUGCUAUACAGGGUCAAGUUUAAGUGUUGAUUUUUAG